AUGGGUAAAAGAAAGACUAAAAGAAAGCCUCAAAAGAAAUUGAAGGAAAAACUAGAUACAGUCUUCAACUGCACGUUCUGUAAUCAUGAGAAUAGUAUAGAAUGCAAAAUGGAUCAACAGAACAAAGUGGGUCAUUUGAAUUGCAAAAUAUGCGGUGUUUCUUGGCAGACCAACAUCACUUAUCUCGAUGAACCUGUUGAUGUGUACUCUGCUUGGAUCGACGCUUGUGAGGAAUUGAAUAAACGGCAACGAGUACAGCGUGCAAGACAGCUGAGACCAGAUUUAGACAAUGUUGAUUAUGGACGAAGGUCAACGUCGCCGCCUCUGACCCUUUCUACAAGCCGUAAUACUCGCGACGAUGAUAACCUGGAUCGCUUGGAUCCCUUUGACGAUGAUGAAGACGAUGAUGAUUUUUAA